AUGAACGGCACACAAUCUCCCGAUCCUCAGAAGGCCUCAAACACCAACACCAACGGAUCCAACAGCAACAAUAGCAGUCUCGCGGCCAAGAAGCGCAAGAAGGACCUCAAGCCUAUCAUCACUAUGGAAGGUGCCAAAGAGCCAGCUGGGUAUGUAUAA